GUAUAAAACAAAUGCAUCACACAGAUGCAAAAUGAAUCGUCUUUUUAACACAGUAUAUUGAAUUGUUGACAUGCUGUCUCUUGUCGUCCAGUAACUUUCGCUUUCGUUUCCUUCGACUCAAAACCAGUCGAUCAGGCUGAAUCGAGCAGAACAGAACUCGACAGCUCACACUUCACACAGCUCUCGCUUCUCGUUGCCGUUUGGAGAUCUUCUUGCAGUUAUGUCAGAUCAACUUGAAGAGCCAAUGGAAGGAGUUGAGGAAUCUGGAAGUCAGCAGUUAAGCAGUGGUGAUCAACAUCAGGAUUUAACAAAGGGUUCUAGUAAUCAGGGAGCCAUCUUGCCAAAUCAUCAGGCCCUACAUUCAUCAAUCAAUGGUGAUCCUCAUUUGAUACAAGACAACAUUCAACCUUCUAAUGCUCAGCAGGCCCCAUCUUCAUUAAGCAGUGCUGACCUUCAGAUGAUACAAAACAGACAGUCUGCAUAUGAUCCAGAUUCCAGCUCUGUAGUCAGGACACAACCUCCCAGGAUCAAUAAACAAGAACUUUUCAACAUUGGACAUUAUGACAAGCAGACUCUGCAGUCAUCAAGCAGUCAUCAAAUGAUGCAAAACAGUCAGCUUUCUGAUGAUGAUGAUGACAAACGUACAGCUGAUGAUGAAAAGCUUCAAUCUUCAGAAUCAAAAGAUAUUGCUCAAUUUAAAAUCAAAGUGGAUAUGGAAGGAACAUUUCCAAAAAAAUGGAAAACAUCAUUUCAGAAAGCCCUUCAGACCUGGUUGUCCAGCCUGGAAGGAAAACCAUCUAUCGAGAGUUUUACAGUUUUAAAGAGUGAUGAAUCAUGUGCAGCGGUGCAGAUAACACCAUCCAAAGCUCUAAAAGAAGUUUUAAAAAAUAAGACCCCUACAUUACUACUUAAAGAUGAAGGAAUGGAAAUGACUGCACAGAUUUUUCUGGAUGAUUCACAUUAUGAUACUGUACCGCAAAAAUCCACUCUGGAGGAUAAUGUUUCAUCACCAAAGGUGCACAGCUCUAUGCAUAUGACUUAUGCAGUAUCAGGAGACACAAAUAAAAGUGAGGACGUUGCUGCUGAAAUGAUCUCUGACAGCCCUGCAUUCCCCGUCCCCCUCUAUCAGUACUGGUACAUGCAUCAUGCUUACAGAAAGGAGUUGGAGCAAAUAAAGAAUAAGCAUGGAGUCUCUAUUAGUGCAGAAGUGUCAGUGUUUAUCAAACCUACCCAAAACUCAAGCCCUGAUUCUGUCGCCAAAGCCUCUGAUGACUUUCUGACACUCGUUACGGAAUGUGUGAGUAGUUUUAAUGAUGUUGCCAUUAAUCAUGAUGACAUUGAUUCAGAUGUUGUAAAGGAGACCCUGCACAAAAUCCGAUCAGAGAAGGAAAAGAUGAUGUUCUCCAUGUCUGCCAGUGACUGCGUGUUCUUCGGACCAAAGAAAUUUACAAACAUAAUUAAAAGAGUGACAAAUGAAAUGGAUGUAGCUAACAACGUUUCUCCACAACGAAGGUUUUCACUGGACAUGGACACAAAGGAACUUCCAACUCAACUUGAGAUGGACAAGGUUCAUUGGGAUCUGAUGAAUCUUUCCUAUAAGGAACAAUUAUCAAAACUUGAAACAAAGUAUGGAGUGUCAUUUAAUGAAGAAAAACUGCAGAAAAAUUUAAUUAAAGUUCAAGCUCGAUCUAAAGGAGUUCAACAUAUUAAUCUGGAAAGUCAUGCCCUGAGAGCUCUAACACAACUCUACCAGAAACUUGCCUCAUCCACUGUCAGCUGUAAACUCACAAACCCUACAGAUGCUACCAUUGUUGCACCACUAUUAGAGAAACUUCAGCAGCAGCAUCAUGUUGUGGCAGCAGAUGGAGUCAUUCCCUGGAGGCUUGUUGGACUGCCAGAACAUCUCGGUCCUGCCAUUGCUGAUAUUGAGAAGACACUUCAGAAGAAUGUGUUUGAUGACAAAAUGAAGAAAUCGAUUGGAUACGCAGGUGACUUUCCUCUUGCAAGAGACUUCAACUGGAAACAGAUGCCUAAUUAUGGACCAGGAGCAGUGGGUGGAGCAGCACAGGAGGAGGGAGUGAAUUUUAGAGGGCAAAGUGAAGCAGAUACUGUUUUCAGUGGAGAAUCAAAAGACAUUUAUAGACAUGACAGUAAAAGUGCUCCUGCUGAAGAGGAGACAUGUGCUAUUUGUAUGGACAGCUUCACCAACAAGACAAAACUGAAAUGUGGGCAUGAAUUUUGUCAGAACUGUAUAAACAUGUCAGUGGAGAGUCUGGGAUCCAUCUGUCCUGUGUGUAAGGAAGUGUUUGGAAAAUUGGAGGGGAACCAACCAGAGGGAACAAUGAAAGUAACAAACAACAGUUUCAGUCUCCCUGGAUAUCCAAAUUGUGGCACUAUUGAAAUAUAUUACGACAUACCCAGCGGUAUUCAGACGAAGAGGCAUCCAAACCCGGGAAACUCUUUUCAUGGCACAAGUCGUCAUGCGUACUUGCCUGACAACCAUGAAGGAAGGGAAGUACUUAAACUGCUGAGGAGAGCUUUUGAUCAGAAACUGAUCUUUACUGUUGGGACCUCUACAACCUCCGGUUUAGAGAAUGCUGUAACCUGGAAUGAUAUUCAUCAUAAGACCAAUAAACAAGGCGGGCCUCAAAGUUAUGGCUAUCCAGACCCUGACUACCUAAAGAGAGUAAAGGAUGAGUUGAAGGCCAAAGGCAUUGAAUGAAGAUUUUCUUGAUGUUCCCAAAUGCACAUCUAAGCCAAAUGUUUACAAACAUGCCACUGAUUGAUUAUGAUAUUGUAAUAUACUUAUUUUACAUAUAGUGACUUUCAGAAGUAUUCAGACCCUUGAACAUUUUACUGAAAAACUAACUAUUGAACUCUUGUUCAGUGUGAAGCAAAUCCUAAAUCUCGAAAAUAAUUAUUUGGUAACAGGAUUGGUUUUACCAAAAUAAAUAAAAAAACCAAAACAUACAAUCUUCCAAAAAAAUGCACCCCUUCUGCUCUGGAGAUCCGUGUUUACACAGCUGAAAUUAUAAAUGAUUUUUUUUUUUCUUUGGUGUAUUCAUACUAUACACCAGCAUACAUGAACACACUUUAUCAUGGCCACUAAUGUGGUUAGCUAAUGUUCACAAAUGGUAAACCAAAUGGUACCAAAGCACUUUCAAUGGGUCAAAAUACUUUUGGCGGGCACCAUAUACAGUUGUGGUCACAAAUUUACAUACACCUUGCAGAAUAUGCAAAAUGUUAAUCAUUUUAACAAAAAUAAAGGGAUCAUGACAACAGGAGGAAGUUUUCUGUUUUUGUUCAAAGAUUAUAUUUUUCCAUUUAGUAUGACCCUUCAGAAGCUACAGAAGAUACUUAUUUGUUUUGCAAAAGACAAAAUAACCAAAUAAUUUUUGGGACUUGCAGGAUGAUGUUUCUAAAGAGCAGUGGUCAGUUUAACUGCUCAGGUCUAACAAAGGGACUCGUGAAAAAAAAAACCCAUUGUGGAUCAACCAGGUUUAAGAAUCAAGCUUAUGCAAACUUUUAAACAGGAUCAUUUUGAUUAAUGCAGUUAUUUGUCUUCUGAUGUAUAUGUAAACAUUUGUUAUGUGAAAUACCGUAUUCAGGACAGCAACAUGUUUUUAGGACAGUAACAUGUUUUUAGGACAGUAACACAUUAUGAUCCUUCUUAUUUUGUUAAAAUUGUGAAAAUUUGGCAGAUUCUGCAAGAUGUAUGUAAACUUAUGAUCACAAAUGUAUAUAUUGGUAUUGUUUUAAUUAAGGUGAUGGGAUUUUAUGAUGUCCAGUUGUAAUGAGAUGUUUCAGCCUGAAGUUGUCUUGUAAUUUUUUGCUUAUACACUGCAAAUAUAAAGUGAGUAUAUAAAGUACAGCACUUGUGUUUGUCCUGAUACUUGCAUAUAUUGAAAAGUGUGAAGUCCUUAUUUAAAUGUAGGACUAUGGGGAAAAAAAUAUGCUUGUGAUUAUAUUUAGAUUUAAAUGUUAACAUAAAUUUUUGCUCUGAUUAAAAUGUGUAGAAUGCUGCCUGCAAAGCAUAAAAACCAUGGCACACUUAAAAUAUUUCACAAACUGCCUAUAAUAAUAAUACUUCCGAUAAUGUUGAUUUUACUUUUAAAAUAUAUGCUUUUUUUUCUCAGUGCACCUCUACAUAUUUUAGCUCUUGUUUUCAGAAAGCAAAGGAUGACUGCAUCUCGAUUAAUCUUGGGUAUUUUGUUUCAAUCAUAUUACAUUUUUUUGGACAAAAUGUAUUGAAUUUCUAACCUUUGGAAUGAUGUUAACAUCUUGUUGUCAUAAAUAAAACAAAUCCGCUUUAAAAUAUUCAA